CUUUGCUAAUUUUCUAUUAAAAAAUGAAAAAGAAAAAAAAGGGGGAAAAUAUAAAAUGAAAAAAAAUAUAUUGGGGAGAAGAGGGAAGAGUGGAGGAUCAUAGCCGGAGUUCUCGUCGGAGGAACGAGAAGACGCUGAAGCUACCUACGCCGGAGUCAGCCGCCUCCGAAGUCCACUGGCAGUAACUAAGUGUUUCGGCUUUCUCCGUGUAGUUCUUAUUGAAUACUUGGUUUGAUAUUGGACGGUUAAUCGCAAAAAUAAGAAAGCAAUCAUGGAUGUUGAUUCGGAGCCGACGAUGGAGGAAACUAUUUUGGUUGGUGAGGAUCUAAUGAUGGGACCACCAUCACCUCUCAUCCCUCCAGAAAUAGCCUCUCAUGUGCUUGAAGGUGUAGAUUUGUGUGAUGGGAUCUUGAGGAACCUAUUUUUGUGUUUGCAAAUCAAUGAUAUUGAACCAUUCUGCCAAGAUGAGAUUGUUUUGUAUCGGCAGUGUGCUGAAAAAAGGGAUAAGGAAUUAAGGAAACGACUUCAAGAUAGUGAGCACAAAUUGGGGUUGUCAAUGCCUUUAGAUGAAGCAAAUGAAAGAGCUGCUCAGCUUGAAUCAGAAGUCACAUCAUUGGAGAGGCGCAUGAUUCUUGCAAGUGGUGUUGAAGGCAUGGAAGGGUUUCGCCAGAGAUGGAGCUUGCACGGUCGCCUUACAGAUACAAAGAGAAGGUUGGAGUCCUUGAAGGAGGGAAUGGAGAAGAGGAAAAAGGACGAGCCAGCCACAGGUCCAACCACCAAAAAAUGGUUCUUCUGGUGAAUAUUUUUUUUUGUGCUGCAAUUUGAUUGAGUUGCUAUUGGGCGGGCUCGAGCUGUAGCCUGCAAUAAAGAAUACAGGCACUUGCCGUAAUGAACACAGUUGGUCUCAAGAGUUAGUAGUGUUAUGAUUGGCUUAACCUUCAUGUCCCUCCUAGUUUUCUUUGAAUAUCUACAUGUUUUAGGCAUGAUAUUUUUUUAUUGUAUGCUUCUGCCUCCUAACAGAAAGAGAAGGCAUGAUAUUUUCAUUGUGGAUUUCUGCCUUUUAAUAGAAAGAACACCUUUGUAUA